GGGAAUUGUAACUGUGCACGUAUAUAUAGCAGAAUACGCUUAGACGGACAACCUUUUCAGUGAAAGUAAUUGAAAGCCAAGCAAGUCUGCAUAACUACAUAAUCAAUCUUUCUUUUUAACCCAAGCUUCACAAUUGCGAAAAUGGCUGACAACGAACCCAUUGUUGUGUCCACCUCGCUGCCGACCAUCCAUCUUGACCUUCUCCGAUCUGGCGAUGCUUCCGAGAGCCAGAAGCUGCUAGGCGCCUGCCAGAACCAGGGCUUCUUCUACCUUGACCUGUCGAGUGAUCCCGAGCUAUGCGAUUUGUGGAAGGGCAUGCUGGCGCGGAUGAAGGACUACUUCGACCAGCCGCUGGACGUCAAGAUGCAGGAUGACCGCAGCAGCGACAACUACGGGUAUAUUCCUGUCGGUACAGAAGUCGGCUCCAAGCCCGAGACCAAAGAUGGCUACGAGACCCUCAAGUUUUCCCGCCGCGAGUACCUCAAGGGCUCAGCCGACCUGACCACCAGCGUCCGAUCACAAGCCGACUACUUCUUCUCAUACAUCAAGGAGGUCCACGCCAUUACGCUACUCGUACUGACGCGCCUUUCGACCGAGCUCGGCCUCACUGGCCCUAAGCGCUUCGAGGCCGACCACCAAGAUACUGCCCCCUCGCUAUCGACGCUCGUCCUGCUGCACUAUCCCAAGCAUGCAGAAGACCCCAACGCAUCGCCCAAGAACGUCGGCCACCUCAAGCACACCGACGUCAGCUCGCUGACCAUGGUGCUCGCCGAGCAGUGGGGGCUGCAGCUCAUGUCGCCCGAGACCAAGCAAUGGGAGUUUCUCGAGCCGCGGCCGCAGCACGCCAUUGUCAACGUCGGCGACUUCCUUCGGUUCCUGUCGGGCGGCAAGCUGGCCAGCAUCGUGCACCGCGUGAUUCCGCUCAGGGAGAGGCAGGUCGAGGACCGCUACAGUAUUGCGUACUUUUUGCGCAUGAAUGACGAUGCCACGUUUGAGGACCUCAACGGCAAGACGUGGACGACCAAGGAGUGGCAUGAUUUCAAGUUUGAUGUCUUCAAGAGCCACGUCAAGAUGGACACAAAGGCGCAAUUCUUGACGGCCAUGAUGGAGGACGGCGAAAAGGCUGCCGCGUAGGGGAGACAGAAAUAAAUAGUGAUUGGGUUUAAAAAGAUGAUUGUAGGAAAGUUGUGAAGGAUGCAUGAUUUAAUUUGAUAAUGUAAAGCGUGAGCGGUCGUCUUUGCUGCUUUGGUCUAUUGCCAUGCUUGUGAACUACCCUGUAGCCUGUCAACCCAGUGUGAUGAGUUACAAAGUAUAGGUCUAAAUACGCUGUACAUUAACUGCU